AGAAUGUCGCGUGGACUCAUCUCGUACGAGAACCAGAUCUUGAAUUAUCUCACUCAUCACAACUCAAAUAUGACAUACGCCAAGUUAUAGCACCCCAGAUGGAAGAACUACAAAUCAAGCCUUCGGGAAUCUUCAUGCAACAUGACUUCAUCACACCAGAACAUGAACAAGAGCUCAUUCACAUUUUCGAGAAUGAACUAGAAUGGCCAGUCCGAGGGGGACGACUAUCACUUCACUACGGAUACACAUUCAGCUACAAAACAUUCGGCAUCGAUGAGGAAACCCCCUUCAAGCCUUUUCCAGAAUGGCUAGUACCUUUACUGCCAACUACGGAAUGCCGUCCACCGGAUCAAGUCUGCCUUCAGCAAUACGCCCCAGGAACAGGGAUACCGCCUCACGUUGACACCCACGGCCCCUUCGAUCAGCUCUACUCACUAUCUCUGGGUUCACCACUUUUCAUGCAGUUCGCAAACAAGGAAACAGGCGAGAAGGUCGAGGUUGACUUGUUGCCGCGGAGUAUGAUGCAGAUGAGCGGUGAUUCACGAUUACACUGGACGCACGGGAUCAAGUCUCGCAAAACAGACACUCUGCCUGAUGGAACAGUACGACUACGGCAAAUUCGAUGGAGUCUUACAUAUCGCUGGCUUCGUGAGGGUGCAGAGUGUGAAUGCGGGAACGAAAAGCUCUGUGAUACGGCACAACGGCGAAAAGGAAUAGAGAGGGAAUAUCGAUGGAAACAAUACGAAGAAGACGCCAAGGCACCACAGUCUUAGUUCAUUAUAUUCAUGAGCUAUUAGUAUAUAUAAUCUGCGGUAGCAGAAACAUUAGAAGAUAACCAUCUAAGGCUUAGGGGAGAACCAAGUCUCCAGAUCAAUAGCCCAAUCAACAACACCACCGAAGUUCAAGCUCUUGGCCCAGUCCGUACGCUUCUGCUUCGUCGUAGGUCCCAUAUAAGCAACCCAAUCAGUCAUGCCCUUGCCCUUCGUUCCAAACGUCAUGAUAUCCGAGUCCGAGUCCUUGUCAUACCACGUCUUGGCCGUGACGCCCUUCUUGCCCUGCUUGGCGUCGUACGCGAUGAGGCGGAUCUCCGCGUCGGAGAGGUAUCCGGCCUCGCCGGUGCAGACGCCGGGCUCGGCCUCGGAGACGCUGAAGGAGCCGGUGAAUUGACAUGUUGGGCCGGUGCACUUGGGGUCCUUCAUGCGGAAGCUGCGGCCGUAGCUGGAGAUGCCGAUGACGAUCUUGGCGGGGUCGACGCCGGCUUUGGUGAUCAUUGCGAGGGAGUCGAGGGUCUCGGUCUUGUUGACGUGGGAGCGGAGACAGUUGCCGUUGGGGCAGCCGGAGCUGAUGAACUUGUUGCCGUAAUCUGUGAGAUGUUAGUAU